AUGGGGAUGAGCGGCGGGGUAGGGACGGGCCUCCUCGAGCAGCAGAGCUUGCCAGCAGCAGCGCCAGCAGCAGCGCCAGCAGCAGCGCCGGCGGGAGCAGGCGCAGAGCAGGCGAGCACUCGUGCUGCAGCAGCACCAUGGGCACCACUCCCCACUGCCGGGCCGCCACCCAAACCCACCGCGCCAGCCACAGCAGCAGAAGCAGCGGCGGCGGCGGAAGCAGCUGAAACGGCAGCAGCAGCGAGGGCAGAAGCGGAGGCAGUGUGGGCGCGGGCAGGCGAGCAGCAAGGGGGUAGUGGGGGGACCUUCGGAACCGGGGGGGCUGGGGGGACUGGGGGAACGCACGUGGACGAGGAGUUGGGGGGAGAGGGGUGCGACGGACAAGAGGGAGAAAGGGACGGAGUGUGCGUGAGAGGAGGAAGUGAGGAGGGUGGGGAGGAGGGGGCAGGGGAGGGAGGAGGGGGGUGGGUGGAGCGAGUGGAGGCACUGCGAUUGGUGAGGGCGCGGGGCAGGGCGGUGAGGAAGAAGCGGUGGCGGGCGAGGAGGCGAGCAGAGCAGGCAGUGGCAUGGCAGCAGGUGAGGCGCAGAACACGAAAAAGCUUCGUUUCUUCCCCCCAUCCCCGCCUCCCCACUCACUCCUGUCCUAUCCUACCCACGCCAUACCCCCGCUUCUUCCACCACCCUCUGCCCCUCUCUCUCUCAUCUCACCAGUGGCCCCUGGGCAUGGGUGGGAAGCAGGCAGAGGCAAUAAAGAGAAGGAGUCCAGCUUCUCUCCCCGCUCCCCACUUUCUUCUCUGCUGCACUCCUCACUACUUCCUUCCUACCCUAACCCCCCUCCCUACAGUUCGCACUCUUCCAACACCCCCUUCCCCCUUCCCUCCUGCUCCCCUCUCUAACGUGUGGCUCCUAUGUGGGCGUGUGGGCGUGUGGAGUGCCGUGGGUGGGGCAGAGGGAGGAGGAGCAGCGGGUGGUGGAGGCGAGGAUAGACGCGUGGCGGGCGCAAGUGAUGGAGAGAGAUGCGCAGGAGAGUGUGGUGAGUUUUGUGCGAGACUGCAUGAUCCCCCUCUGCUGCUCUCCCCUCUGCUGCUCUCCCCUCUGCUGCUCUCCCCUCUGCUGCUCUCCCCUCUGCUGCUCUCCCCUCUGCUGAUGUCUCCAGUUGUCACACAAUCAGCUUUGCGCUCCCCACCACCCUGCUGCUAUCUUCUCUCCAUGCCACUGUCCCUCUCCUCCCUCCACGCCCUGCUGGCUGCUGCUGGCGUGCCUGCCAGACCGGGAUCAUGCUUUUUGUCGUCUUCAGAUGGCCAGCUUGAAUCAGAGACCUUGGGACUGCAUCUCCCUGGCCUCUUCCGCUGCCUGCUGCUGGCGUGCCUGCCAGACCGGGAGAAGAGGGAGCGGGCUCAGCUGCAGAAGCAGGUGCAGUGCGUGCUCCCAACUCUGCUCAAACAUACCGGAGCAACACAGCAGAAAGAGCGGGGAAGGAAUGCAAGUGCAGGGGCCUGGGCGUACGGCUCUGCUACUUUCACCUGCCCGCAUAUUGGUUGCUGUGCGCAUAUUGGCUGCUGGGCGUUUAUUGGAUGCUCUAACCCCUCCUUCCCUCCUCCCCCUUUCCCGCCUCCCUCCUCCUUCCUCCCCCCUCCCUUCCCCUUUACAUCCCCCCUCCCUUCCCCUUUAUUUCCCCCUCUCUUCCUCCCCUUUCCCUCUCCCGCCCUCUGUGCACCGAGUGCUUUACCGGCAGGUGGAUGCACUCAUGCUGCUGGCACGCCUGAGAGAUUUGCGGCGCCUGCGCGUGCUGCACGCUCCCUCCUCUCUCCCUCCAUCUAUGCUCCUGUCCCCGUGCCCCUUUACCCCGUGCACCGAGCACCCUACCGGCAGGUGGAUGCACUCAUGCUGGUGGCACGCCUGAGAGAUUUGCGGCGUCUGCGCGUGCUGCACGCUCGCAGAAACGGGCGGGUGGUGGAGGGCGAGGAGGAGGCGUUCAUGCGCGCUGUGAGGGAGGCCGUGCAGGAGGAGGACCGGUGGCAGAACACGACGAGGGAAGGGGAGAAGCGGAGGAGUAAGAGGAAGGGAGGGGAGAGGCGGAGGAGGAGCAAGAGGAGGGAAGGGGAGAGGGAGAGGAGCAGGAGGAGGGGAGAAGGUGUGUGCAUGAGGAAACGAGGUUCAGAGCAAGGGGAGAGGAAGCAAGAAGCCGUGAAAGUGGGAGUGCUGGGGAUGGGGGAGAUGGUGGGGAAGGGCAGGAUGGUAGGGGCAUGGAGGAGGCGCAGCAGGGGCAGAGGCACAUGUGCGAGCGCGAGAGCAGGGAGAGGGGAGGGGGCUCUGCUGCCGCUCUCCACCUGCCUGUGCUGGGCUGUUCUGCCCUGCCCUGCUCAGCCCGCCCCACAAGCCCUCACCCACAUCCGCCCCAAUGCACUCUAG